AUGCUUCGCCGUCUAUAUCAGUCGAUGUUAGCCAAUCUUCCGCCACAAAAUGACCGGGUAAUGGCCGAAUACAGUGGCCAGCUGAUAAACCAGCAGUACGGAAUCGAUUUAGGUCAUUCACCAGCUGGCAUACAGCGGCUUUCAGCUCAACACACUUCACCACAACAGCAGCAACAACUUCAGCAUCAACAACAGCCACCUUCCCAUAUGAUGUCAAGCGGUCCCAUGGCGAUCUCACAACAACAAUUAUUGAUGCAAGCAAAUCAGCCAAUCCAUAUGCCGACACAUUGUGGAAAUAUAUCAGUUCAUCAAAUGGGCCCAGCUCAAGUUGUAUCACACCAGGGGAUGUCCAUGAUGAAUUCUUCUGGACCCAUGCAACAGCCUGACAAUAAAUUAUGGUCACCAAAUGAAUUUUUCAUUUCAGUUGGCUCACAAAGUCAGAUGAUACAAGCACAACAUCAAGUGUUGCCAAUGCAAUCUCAACAACAACAGCAAUCGCAAAUUGUGGUACCCGCUAUUAACCACCCGCAGAUCAUGAAUUCUUUAGUUCAACAGCCUCAGCAGAAUCAGUCUCACCAAAUUAUGCCUUCGAAUGCCGCAAUGCUUCAGCAACAAUCUAUGUGUCAACAAGCACAGCAGCAUUCUAUUGGACGUAGCCCAGGAUUCGCACAUCCUAGUCAAAGUCAUAUUCAUAAUUCAAGUCAUUGUUAUCAACAAGCGUCACCUAAUCGUCCUUCAUUAUCUCGUUAUCCUACUCCUAGUCCGGAAAGUGUUGCUCAUACUCCUAUAUUUUCUUGGGAAAAUUUAUGCGUUAUAGAUCGAGCGCCGGUUCAACGGCCUGCAGUGGAAAUGCGAGUUAUUGGUCAGUCAUCGGCAAUCCGACAAGCUUUAGGUCAUUUACCAGCGGUGCCUUCCACAUCUUCGAUUUCAUCGGUGAAUAGCGAUCAUUCAACUCUGCACACUAAUCUUCAAUUAAUUGACAAGGAAGCAUUAGAAGCUUUAAUCAAAUCUGUAGAUCCCUUGGAAACUGUAGAGGAUGAUGUUUCUGAGGCACUUUUACAACUUAUUGAAGAAUUUGUCGAUGAUGUUGUUGAUCAAACCGCUCGAGUCGCGAAACACAGAAGUGCUACGAAAUUGGAAACAAAAGAUGUACAGUACGUUUUGGCGAGGAAAUACAAAAUAUUUCUACCUGCUCAGCCAGUCAAUGGCGUUGUCAAUGAAUGUAUUCCUUCGAAAUCGCCACUUGUCGAAGCGCAUCGUCAACGAACUAAUUUGAUAAAAAAGGUUUUGCAAAAACCAUAA